AUGUUCGGCAAAGACUACUCGGCACUCGAAGAAAUCAAACAGGUGAUUGCUCCUGAACAGUUGGAAAUCUUGAAAAACCAGUUGGAGUCAGAAGACCCACAGACCCCAGAGUCCCAGUUCAACUACGCCUGGGGGCUUCUCAAGACAGAAAGCUCCAGAAAGCAAAAACAGGGCAUGGACAUUUUGACCGUGCUCUACAGAGACGUGCCACGUAUGAGAAGAGAGUCGUUAUACUACUUGGCGUUGGGCAGUGUCAAGGUAGGAGAGUACUCCAAUGCUAGACGGUAUGCGGAGACGCUUUUGGAGAAGGAGCCCGAGAAUACGCAGUUUAAGGCGUUGAAAAAGGCCAUUGAUGAAAGGGUUACGGAGGAUGGGCUUAUUGGGCUUGGAGUUGCUGGCGGUGUAUUGGCUGUGGGGCUUGGGAUUAUGGGUGCUGUGCUUAGGAAGAAGAGGUAG